AUGCCGCACAAUGUUGAUUUCUCCGGCAGUAGCUUUUACGACGAAUCUGAAUCCGAAGCAUCCGAUAUUACUGGCGCUGACGACUCGCCGCCUGGAAUCAAGAUGUCGCACCCUGGUAAGCUUCUGACUUUUUCGGGCACGCCAGCUGAAAACAUCAAUGCCUACUAUCGGACGUGCAAAUUGAUUUGGAAAGUGCAUUAUGCCACAGACAGCGAUGACUCCAAUGAGGCCGUCUAA